AUGGAGAAAUCCAAAGCGGACCUCGAAUCUGCAGCAAACGCCGAAGGCGAAUUCAAUCAAGAUCUGCUCACUGAUGAACCUGAUACCCGCCCGGCCUGGGGGUCCAAAGUUCAGUAUAUCCUGGCCCAGGUUGGCUUUUCGGUUGGGCUUGGCAACGUCUGGCGAUUCCCCUACCUCUGCCAUAAAAAUGGGGGAGGUGAGUGGAUAUAGGCAUUUCUUGCAAGCUCGGGGCUGGCGUAGAGCAAGAUUGUCCCCUUUUUCAUUCAUUUGUAGCAGGGUACCUGUGCCUUUUAACUUCUCCUUAUUUUAAAUGCUUGUGUCACCUUUCUGCCCCAUUGGGCUUUCAAGGCAUUGAACAUCUCAACUUAGAAACCGUGCAAAACACCCCAACACAAACUGAAAAGCAGUUACAGCCUUGACAGUGAUGCACAUAGAAAAGAAGAGAUAAGAAGCAGAUCACUAUUAGAAGGGUAUGGGAGAUGGAAACGGCCAUGGCAGGGGCCGCCACAGAGAAGGCCCUGCCGUAAGUGGCUUCCUGCUUAAAUUCCAAAGGUGCUGAGGCCCAAGGCAUUUGGGGGCCCAAAGUGGACUUGUGUGACAAUGAAGUAGCAACCUCAGCACUGCCACUGAACUGCCCUACCAUGCCAGCUUCUCCUGCAAUACACAAACACAAUACCCGGCUCUUAGGUACUUCUUGGCCACUGUGAGCAGCACCUGGUAAAUGGGAAGGGGGACAGCCUUGUGUUGCAGGUAACAGCCAGGCUGUGCUUACAAAACAAACUUGCAUAGCUUGAGCCUGCUAUGGAAGCGUGUACAGCUGCCUUGGCCAUUUUGGAUGGAAGAACCCAUUUCUGCAGGGAGGGGGUGGCAGAAACUGGAUUUUCACAGUGCUGCCCUUGUACCAAUCCUGAAAACACCUUCCUUGUGCCAGUCCCCAAAAAACCACAGUUUUGAACGUGUUUAAGCAAUGGUGUUUAAAAAGAAAAACAACCCCCUCCCUCUUUAUUUGAAAGAGCUAAAUAUUUGGUUGCAUAAUCAUGGCAUGCGCUUCAGACAGGGAGAGAACUGGAGUCCACUUGUGGGUGGGGAGGAGAGUAGGAAGAGGCGGCAAUCGGAAUUUGCCACAGACCGUAUUUGUGUGUCUGGGGGGGGGGGGAGUUGAGCUCACCCCACAACCAGCUGACCCCUAAUGCUCUGUCACGGGAGCACCUGUUUCCUCCCUUAAAUUAUUUCUGAUUCGGAGGGGGGGGGUAACUGGCUGGUGGAAUCAGGGGAGACUGCUGGGGUCUGGGAGCGAAGUGUUGCUUGGAUGCUGUAGCCGUGUGUGUCUGUCUCAUCCUGGCCAGGUGCCUUCCUGCUGCUGUACCUGCUGCUUCUCUUCAUCAUUGGGAUCCCCUUGUUUUUCUUGGAGCUGGCGGCUGGGCAGAUUAUCCGGCAGGGCAGCAUCGGGGUCUGGAAGUACAUCAGCCCCCGCCUGGUGGGCAUUGGCUUCGCCAGCUGCGUGGUGAGUUGUUCCUCCGGCAGCACUUCUGAAAACCUUUUGCCUUUGAGCUCGCUCACCCCCAAUCUCACACAUCAAGCUCUUCUUAUACUAUACUGGGGGUGUGGAAUUGGAUCCAGCUGGCAGGCUGGAGCACUGCCUCUCCCUCCCCCACAAGCCAACUUUGACAGGUGAGUGGGCACCCCCACCUGUCAAUCACCUGAUGUCAUUAUAGUGUUGGGUAACAACUUCAAAGGGGCUCGUUCUCAGCACAGAACAGCUGAUGGGAACAAGCCCUUUCAGAGAAGUGCUGUUGGAUUCAGUCAGCUGAUUCGCAUCCACAGUUUGUAGGCGAAUUUUUAAUCCAGAGUGCGCCUGCAAACAGACUUUGAAGGCCUGCUGUCAGGCAGGGGCUUUGCAAAUGCCAGUAAUCAGCUGCUUGUCGGCGCUUGCCAAAGGCACAAAGCCUGGAAGACACAGCGACACCUUCAAACCUCGACCUGCCCCAUUUUUACCUGCCCCACACUUGACUUAAAUGAAGACAGGUGUAAGACAGGUGGGUGUGGUUUAACAAAAUGGCCUCCUGGACCAAAUGGGGAGGCCUAACUAGGCCAGAGGGUCUCCCACUGCUGGUCUGUGUCAUGCGUGGGCAACGUGUGGCCUUCCAGGUGUUGCUGGAAUACAGCUCCCAUCAUUCCUGACUCUUGGGCCAUGCUGGCUGAGGCUGAUGGGAAUUGGAGUCCUAACAGCAACUCAAGAGACACCAGUUCCUCAGCCCUGAUCUUGUCCCACAGCCUGCUUCCCAUAGCAGCCAACUGGAUACUCAUAAGAGGGUGUGUGAAGGAGACAGCCCUCUGCUGCUAAUGCCACCCUCCGCCAGCAACUGGAAUUCAGAGGUAGACUUCCUGCAAGCAUGGAGGCUCCAUUGUGCCCUCAUGCCAGCUGAUAGCCAUUGAUAGACAAGUCCUCCACAAGUUUGUCUAAUCCCAUCUUAAAGCCACCUAAGCUAGUGACCUCCGCUAUAUCUUGUGGCAGUGAAUUCCACAAAUUAAUUAUCCAGAUGGCAGCGAGUAAUGGAAUUGGUGGAGCGAAGGGCUUCUCCCCUCAGCCGCCUUCUGCCUUGCCUAGAUUAAAGUGCCAGUGAGAUAAUUGCCAAUUGCAGUUAACAUCCUGCCCUAAAUUCCUGGGGAUAGACAUGUUAAACAUCUCCAGUAUCUCGCCCCCGAAGCAGCUGCAUUUUAGUGCUGGGAAUAUGAUCCUAAGGAUCGAACGACACUUCUCAUUAAAAAUAUUUUUAACUAACGUGCUUAGACCACAUCUGUUUCUUUCAAAAAAAAUUCUUGGAAGGGAGGGGCAAUAAAUUUUCCUGCCAAAAAAUGUACUUGAAGGUGCUAUUUGCUGUAAAUAGCAUCUUUUGGGUACAAGGGAGUUUCAGGAGGCAAAUGUAAGGCGCUACCCCCCCUCCAAACUUAUGAUUAACCCAAUUCAGAUCAGUGGGCCCCCAUGCCUGAUUUUUCUUAAGGGAGGAGAGGAGACCAGUUUUGAACGCAUGACGUAAAAAUGUGUUUUAAUAUGUUCUUUGACCCUAAAGAGCUGCCCCUUCCCCUGAGGUAGCUGUGUCAGUGCCCAUUGGGGAUGGAGUGAGAAGGACGCUGAUCUCUUCCUCUUCCUCUUCAGGUUUGUUCCUUUGUUGCCCUGUAUUAUAAUGUCAUCAUUGCAUGGAGUCUUUUCUAUCUGGCCAACUCCUUCCAGUUACCCCUGCCUUGGACUGAUUGCCCAGCAGCAACCAAUCAAACUGCCCCAGGUAAGGGAUUGGAAGGUUUGAGGAGGGGGCAGGACUAAGCUGCCUUGAUGUCAUUGUACGGAGACAAAAUGUACUCCCAAUUGUCAGGAAGUGCUGAUGAACUUGAGAUACAGUGGUACCUUGGUUCUUGAACUUAAUCUGUUCCGGGAGUAUGUUCGACUCCCGAAACUGUUCGAAAACCAAGGCACAGCUUCCGAUUGGCUGCAGGAGAUUCUUGUGCUCAAACGGAAGCCACGUCAGACGUUUGGCUUCCAAAAAAGGUUGGCAAACCAGAACACAUCCAGGUUUGCGGCGUUCAGGAGCCAAGUUGUUCGGCAACUAAGACGUUCGGGAACCGAGGUUCCACUGUAUAUAUAUAUUUGCCAAACUAAUAUUUUUUCAGUUCUGUCCUCAAAAAAACCCAUAAUCUUCAGUUAACCAUACCAAAAUAUGGAUGGGAAAAGGGAGGAGAGGGGCUUGAUUAUUUUGUCCCGUUACCUUAUUUAUAAGAAUAUUUAUAUACUGCUAUUCAUUAAAAAUAAUAGUGAUUUACAAACAAUUGUGCAUAAAACCACACAAUAAAAACCAUAUAAAAUGUUUAAAUCAGAAAUAAGCUAAUUAUUUUGGAAAGCUGGAUUUUUAAUUGCCUGCAUAGGCCUGAUGGAAUAGGAAAGUUUCCAGCAGGCAUUUAGAAAUCGAAACAGAAGUUGCCUGCUAAAUCUCUUGAUUGGUAGAAUGUUCCACAGCACUGGGCCGGUGACACGAAAGUCUCAGCUCCUUGUUGUCAAAUAAGCCUCACCAGUGACACUCUGCUCCUAACCUUUGCACCUCUCUGUCUUUCUGUCUCUGUGUGUCCUUGUCCUCAUCUUAGAAACGGAGUGUGGCCACAGUUCUCCCACCGUCUACUUCUGGUACCGCAAGGCCUUGCAUGUGACCAACUCCCUGGAUGAGAGCGGAGGCCUUGACCCGGCUCUUACUGGCUGCCUCUUUGCCGCUUGGGCUCUUGUGUGCUUGGCAAUGAUCAAAGGCAUCAAGUCCUCUGGCAAGGUCAGUUGCGAGAGCACUUUCCCUCUCAUCAAAAGUUGACCUGGGUAGGAGGGAGUGUUUUGCUUCAUCAACACCAGCAGGAGAGAACCCUCUGCUCACUAGCUGAACAGCAGAAAGUUUGAUACUAUUGGCCACAGGUUUCUACUUUGCCAGUGCGUUCCCCGCAUGGGAUGUACUUGCAAAGCCGCACCCGGCUCCCUGCUGAGCACUACUGCCCCACAGCUGAUAUUACCAAGUGACAUCAGCCAAUGUACAGGUGCAUUGGGUUUGGAAGAAAUGGCCAACUUGGACCUUGCUGCUUUGCCAGUAUUUGCUUGUGGACCAAAGUUUCCCCACUCCUGCUCUGAUUAAUAGUGUUUUAAAAUCAUGCUUUGCCUUCAGAUUGAUCAGGAUCCAUAAACAUGGUUCUAAGAUUGUCCACUACUGGUCCCAAUGUCAAAAUACCUGGGAUGGAGAACUUGGUAAUGAAAUGCCAGCAUCUUGUACCAAUGGUUGUUUCACCACAAACAGGCUGUCAGUCCCUGGUUUUGAUUUUCUCUCUUCCCCCCAUCUCGUUUGCAGGUUCUGUAUUUCAGCUCUCUUUUCCCCUACGUGGUCCUCUUGUGCUUCCUCGUACGGGCGCUGCUGCUAGAAGGAGCGGUUGAUGGGAUCAGAAUCAUGUUCACGCCCAAUGUAAGAGCCCUGUGCAAAGGAAGAACACUCUCAUACACGUGUGCCCACUUCCCUUGCUGCAUGCAAAUUCCCUUUAUUCCCCCCGCCCCCAGCGCUUAACCACAGGGCUAGCAUUAUUUCACUUGUUUACUUACAAAACUUCCAUACUACUGGAGAAAAGUGGUGCAGACAUGUUUAACAGUGAAACGAAUCCAAACCAAACAAUUAAAAACUGGCUUAAAAUAAUCCAGUGGAACAACGCAACAAAACUGUCAGCAAAAGAAAAGGCAACAUCACUGCAAGUAAUAGAUUAAUGAAUACAUAUAGAAAACGCUGGAACAUAGGACACUGGUGGCGCUGUGGUCUAAACCACUGAGCCUCUUGGGCUUGCUGAUCAGAAGGUCAGCUGUUCAAAUCUCCAUGACAAGGUGAGCUCCCAUUUCUCUGUCCCAGCUCCUGCCAACCUAGCAGUUAGAAAGCACGCCGUGCAAGUAGAUAAAUAGGUACCGCUGUGGCGGUAAAUGGCGUUUCCAUGCAUUCUGGUUUCUGUCGUGCCAGAAGUGGUUUAGCCAUGCUGGCCACAUGACCCGGAAAGCUGUCUGCGGACAAACGCCGGCUCCCUCGACCUGAAAGCGAGAUGAGCACCGCAACCCCAUAGUUGCCUUUAACUGGACUUAACUGUCCCAGGGUCCUUUACUUUUUACCUUUUAACCUAAUUUAUACUGAAUCAGACCAUUGAUCCAUUUGUCUCAGCAUUGUCUAUACUGACUGGCAGCGGCUUUCCAGGGUUUCAGACAGGAGUCUCUACCUGCCCUACCUGGAGAUGCAGAGGAUUGAACCAGGCAGAGCAGAUGCACUCACUGCCACUGAGCUAUGGCCCUUCCUGAGAACAGGGUGUCUCAACCUGCUUGUAGAAUGACAGAAGGGAAGGUGCUAAACCUGUAGCCCAUGAAACAUAUUCCACAGCUUCCAGAUGGCAGAUGUCAGGUUGCUCCUGCUUCUAGCCAAGGCCAGUUUGACUUCUAAAUAUGAUGGAGCUCAUUACAGGGCCUCUCUUACCUCAUUCACAAGGAAGUUCAUAAGCAGGCACUCUUUAAGAAAUCCAGGACCUAGAUCGUUCUGCCUUUGUGUAGGGUAAUGCAAAUCUUGGUUAGGUUGAGAUGGAGUUUAUAAACCUACUUCUAGCAGUCUCAGGUUAGAGGUUGUGAAGGGUCAUGAGGAUGAAGGUGAACAGCAACGAAUCCUGUGUCACCUGCAGUACUCAGCCUUCUUACUUACAAGUGAAACCCAUUUUGAGCAAGCAUGCAUAGGAUUGGGCUGCAAACUCCUGCCAGAUAGUGACUGCUUCAUCAGAUGCAUGAAGUACUAGCCUUGCAUUGGCAAGUAGGUGCAUAUAUGGGCAUAGAGAGUGGAAAAAAAUGUGAACAGUGGAGGUAAAUCACUGUGAAAAGUGGAAUUCCUAUGUAAAAAUUAAAUGUUUGCUAAACAAACAGUGGCUAUUUGCCAGAGCGGCAAUGGGAAAUGAAGAAAAAAAGCAAAAUUAAGAUGACAAAGCACAAUUAAGACAAAGGUGGUAAAACCUGUUGUGUGAGAGGAGACCAUUAUCUUGAUCUGGGCCUAAAUACAUAGAAUCAAACUUCCUGACAAGUUCUAAUUUGCCAGUAUUUACUUCCAUUGGAAAAACCCCUCUCCUUUUCUGAGGAUGAAUUCAUGAGGAUGAAUCCUGUACCCUUGUCCUCUUUACCCAACCUCUAGCUGUCCAUCUGGAGAGACAUGCAGGUCUGGCGCCAGGCAGCCACCCAGGUGUUCUUUGCCCUGGGACUGGGCUUUGGGACCAUCAUUGCCUACUCCAGCUAUAACCCGCGCCACAACAACUGCCACAUCGACGGGCUGCUGGUGUCUGGGAUCAACUUCCUUACUUCAGUGCUGGCCACGCUUGUGGUGUUUGCCGUGCUGGGCUUCCGUGCCAACAUGAUCACGCAGGACUGUGUGGAGAGGUGAGUAGCUACCUGCCUGUGUCCUGCUCCCCCCAACCCACUUUUGCUGUAGGACAAGGCUGCAGGCAGGGGCAACCUUGGCUUUAUUUCUCAUGUUCAGUGGUUCUAUGUUGGGGUUUUUUGAACAAAACACGAAAGCAUGUAUGCAAACAAGUAAAUUAUGCAAGGUUGUUUAUAACCACCAAUGCCAUCAGGAGAUCAAAGAACCUCUCUCUCUCUCUCUCUCUCUCUCUCACACACACACACACACACACACACACACGGGAAUUCCUGGAAGGGCUCUCAGAUCCGCCCCUUGCUGAGUUAGGUUUGUAUCCAACCAUAGUCUUCCGAAUUUUACCCAUCCACGGCCAUUUAGAGGGCUGUUUUGGAGAAAUUCCAUUCCAUUAUUAUUAUUACAGUCGUACCUUGGUUUUCAAACAGCUUAGUUCUCUAAUGUUUUGGCUCCCAAACACCACAAACCUGGAAGUGACUGUUCCAGUUUGCAAACUAUUUUUGGAAGCCGAACGUCCAACAGGGCUUCUGUGGCUUCCGAUUGGCUGCAGGACCUUCCUGCAGCCAAUCAGAAUCUGCGCUUUGGUUUCCGAACGUUUUGGAAGUUGAAUGGACUUCCAGAACGGAUUCUGUUCGACUUCCAAGGUACGACUGUAUUCUUAUUUAAAUUUGUAUACCACACUUCAUCUGCAGAUGCCAGGGUGGUUGACAACAUAAAAAUACAAGAUAAAAAACACAAAAUACAGUGGUACCUCAGGUUAAGUACUUAAUUCGUUCCAGAGGUCCGUUCUUAACCUGAAACUGUUCUUAAGCUGAAGCACCACUUUAGCUAAUGGGGCCUCCCGCUGCUGCCGCGCCACCAGAGCACAAUUUCUGUUCUCAUCCUGAAGGAAAGUUCUUAACCUGAGGUACUAUUUCUGGGUUAGCGGAGUCUGUAACCUGAAGCGUAUGUCACCUCAGAGAUAUCACUGUAUAUAAUAAAAGCAAGAACAAAAACAAACCAGUCAUCCCUACCCACAACUACUACUACUUCUUCUUCUUCUUCUUCUUCUUCUUCUUCUUCUUCUCUCACUUGAAACUUAUUUUGGCAUCAUCUAGGGAUCCAUUCAGUUUGAGUAAGGCUCAUUACAUGCUCCCAAGCUUCCAUCCUUCAGAAGAGCAAAGGGAAGAGUCUCGGAAAUUGUGUGUUGAUUACAUUCCUGCUUGCCUUCCGUGAUGGAAGGAGCAAGCUUAGAGACGGAUCAUAGUCCAGGGCAUCAGGUGCCCUUGGGAGGCGCCCUGGGAUACCACAUCAUAGAACUGUAGAGUUGGAAGGGACCACAAGAGCCAUCUAUUCCAACCCCCACAAAGGCAAGAAUCUUUUGUCCAACAGGGGGCUCAAACCCACAACCCUUAGAUCAAGAGUCUCAUGCUCUACCCAGCUAGUUGGCUUUGUGUUUUCAGAUCUGGAGUAAUUGCUGAUUAAUGGCCUAGCUGCUUCUUUUUCUUUCCCCCCAGGAAUACAAAAACCUUGUCUCUUCUAGCAUCAAAUGGCUCCCUCCCUGCCACGCUGCCCCACCUUGGAAACUUUUCUGACCUCUCGGCUGCUGAGUACAGCACUUGGUAUCAGGGUCUUCAGAACGACACAGCAGAGUGGCUGCAGAUGUGGAAGAUCAGUGACUGCCGCGCAGAGGAUGAGAUGAACAAGGUGACUGGGGAGGAGGAAGGACGGCAGGCUGGGCUGCUGCAAAAGGGGGGGAAGCCGUCAGAAGCAGCUGCCUUUUGGGGUUGUGUCCGAGGGGCAAGAGAUGGGCUUGCAUAACUUGUGCCAUGUCAGUCAAAAUGUAGCCUCCGGCCUAGUGUGGCAACAUGUUUGGGACUCAGUGAAUUUCCCUGGAAUUGAAGUGUGUGUGUGUAUGUACACACACACACACACACACACAAUACGAACACACAGAUACACACUGUAUACAUAGGGUGAUCAAGCAGACCACAAUCCAUGGCUGGCAAGCUAUAUUUGUGUGAAUGAGGCAUGUAUGAGCUGUGCCUGAACUCUCAUAGUUGUUUUUAAAAGUGUUUAAAAGUCACCUUUGAGGGACUGUGUUUUGAGAAGCCAGAUCUGCAUCAUCAUCAUCAUCAUUAUUAUUAAAUAGUCAUCAUCGUAGUCGUAGUAUAUUUAUACCCCGCCCAUCAGGCUGGGUUUCCCCAGCAACUCUGGGUGGCUCCCAACAGAAUAUUAUUAUUAUAUAAUAAUAAUAAUACAGUGGUACCUCAGGUUACAUACGCUUCAGGUUACAGACUCCGCUAACCCAGAAAUAGUUCUUCAGGUUAAGAACUUUGCUUCAGGAUGAGAACAGAAAUUGUGCUCCGGUGGCACAGCGGCAGCAGGAGGCCCCAUUAGCUAAAGUGGUGCUUCAGGUUAAGAACAGUUUCAGGUUAAGUACGGACCUCCGGAACGCAUUAAGUACUUAACCCGAGGUACCACUGUAUAUCAAAUUAUUAAAACAUAUAUAAAAUUAUUAAAAACAUCAAACAUUAAAAACUUCCCUAAACAGGGCUGCCUUCAAAUGUAUUCUAAAAGUCAGAUAGUUGUUUAUUUCAUUGACACUGGAGGGCGUUCCACAGGGCGGGCGCCACUACCGAGAAGGCCUUCUGCCUGGUUCCCUGUAACCUCACUUCUCACAGGGAGGGAACCACCAGAAGGCCCUCAGAGCUGGACCUCAGUGUCCGGGCAGAACAAUGGGGGUGGAGAUGCUUCUUCAGGUAUACUGGGUUGAUUGGCGCAGGGCAACCAAUCACGAAGCUGCCUCACCAGCUUCUCAAAGCAGAGCUCUGUACAGCGCUGGCUGGCCCUUGUGUCAAUCACAAAGCCUCCUGGAGUCAAUUUUAAGGCACAGGGGGAAAGCCUUCAAAACAAAACCCAAACCAAGGAGUGAGCACUUAAAUAGAUGAAGCCCCAUAAACCUAGUGUGGGAACUUUUGGCCUUCUAGACGUUGCUGGACUACAAUUCCCAUCAUCCAUGGCCAUUGGUUAUGUUAGCUUGGGCUGAUGGGAACUGGAGUCCAACAACACCUGGAGGGUCACAUCUACCUCACCCUUAGUCUAUGCCAGGAUUUCCCAAACAUGGACCUCCAGCUGUUGUUGGACUACAACUCCCAACAUCCCUAUCUAUCCGGACCAGUGGUCAGGGAUGAUGGGAACUGUAGUCCAAAAGCUGCUGGAGACCCAGGUUGGAGAAACCGUGGCCUAUGCCAUGAACAGGGCCAUAGUCCCUGUUGCUAUUCAAUUAGGAUUGCCAAAAACUGCUACUUCCUGUAUAGCAGAUUGCCCAGGCGUUAAGUAUUUCUUUCCCAUAGGUGUAAGCUUGUCACCUGCCCGUUUCAGUGGAUGAUUCCCAGAUUUUUCUUCUUUUCAAACUCCCAGGAUGUGGAAGGCACAGGACUGGCUUUCAUCACCUUCACGGAGGCCAUGACCCUCUUUCCAACCUCCCCAUUCUGGUCGGUGCUGUUCUUUUUCAUGCUGCUGAACUUGGGGCUGAGCACUAUGCUGGGGAACAUGCAAGGGAUCAUCACUCCAUUGCUGGACAACUUCCACAGCCUCCAGCGCCGGCGGACCCUCUUCACAGGUAGGGCAGAACCCAAAACCAAGAGAUGGAACAACGUCCAUCAGGGGGCAAAAGAGUGAGGUGGAUGGGUUUUAUUUUGCAAAACAACAAAAUUCUGUAGCGUUGUACAGAGGAAAACAAACAUCAAAUAAGGCACAACAACAAAGGCACAAUAAAAAGACUUCAAAUAAGUAAUUGCCAUCUCUCUUUAGCUAUAAAAGGUUCCCACUUACAAAGGUCAGUAAUAAGGCAGUCCCUGCCCUCAGGAUUGCUGUCUAAAAGGCACAGCGCUCAAAGAAAGGGGACUGGCAGGCAGGAGGAAAAAUACAAACUCAAACACUAGUUUUCAGUUUAUGAAGUUCUUGUAAUUUUUCCCUGUGUCUCCUGUCAAGACCGGGGUGCUGCGUUCUGAAGGCAAAGGAAGGACUGGACCCUGAUUAAUACAAAAGACACGAGGCUUGACCAGCAAGACCUGGGAGAAAGUGCGCAUGCCACUCCCUGGCCCAGGCCGUUUCUAUUAACCCAAGAACUUUAACACAGCGUUUGUAAGAACCAAUCAGAUUUCCUCUGAGCAUUUCAAAAAAUUCCCACGUGGGGACAAAGUCAGAUCAGAGCCUCUUAACUACAAAGAUCUAUUUCCUAUUUGAGCAUGCAUACAUGUUCAGGCUACAUAAAACAGGAACCAAGGAGAAAUGCAUUUAUCAAACCUCAGAGGUCAUAAACAGGCAGUAAACAGGAAAUACAGGCAUUUUAUCACCUCCACGUAAAGUCUUUCCUAGCCCUAAAAUCUACCUAAAGAUUAACAAAAGCUACAUCAAAGCUACCUCCUUAUCUUUAUGUACCCAGGAUGCCUGGUGAAGCAACUGGUCCGUGUAGAAUGCUUUAUACAUGACUGUCAGGCAUAGAGAAAAUGCGGCAGAGAUGCAGAGGCUUGUGGGAUUGAUGAGAAGUCAUGUCAAUGACUCAAAGCCAGUCAAAGCAAUGCUUUCACUGCUGACACAAUGGCUUUCUUCAUUUUUCAUAAUUCCUCAUAGCAAUCCUGCCUGACCACUAUACUGGGGCCCCUGCGGUCCAGCAGGUGUCCAGCCAAGCCAACCUGCUCUCCUUUUUCUCUCUCCCCACAGUGCUGUGUUGUAUUAUUGGAUUCCUGCUGGGCCUGGUUUUCGUGCAACGGUCUGGCAGCUAUUUUGUGUCCAUGUUUGACGACUACUCGGCUACCCUGCCCCUGCUUAUUGUUGUGGCUUUUGAAGCUUUUGCCGUGGCCUGGAUCUACGGAGCAGACAGGUAAUUCUCUACCCUGCUUUCUCAAGAGAGGGGUGGGCAGGUGGGAGAGAAUGUCUACCUUGUGGCUUUCGGCAGAGCCUGUUUUUCUUCUUCCCCUGUGCUUCCAGGGUAUCUUAACACCUGAGGUGCCUCGUCUGCCAUCUUGAUCCUUUUCCCUUCGUCCGCAGGUUCUUAAGUGACAUAGAAGACAUGCUGGGCUGGCGGCCUUGGAGGAUCUACAGCUACAUGUGGCGCUUUGUCAGCCUGGGAGCGAUGCUGUGCCUGCUGCUAGCGAGUCUGGUGCACAUGGCUAUGAAGUGGCCCACCUACCAGGCCUGGAACAGAGAAAAGGUAAGAGGCGCACUCCACCCAAUCACACCUCUUCAUGUUUCCGACAAAUAGCAGCUGCCCCUGCCGCUUUUCAUUUAAAAAAAUUAAGCAUAGUCUGGGGACAGCUCCACUGUAUAAAGAACCAGGAGUCCUGUGGGACCCUAAAGCCUACUUCAUUGUGAGCUUUUGUGCAUACAGGAAGGGGAUAAAAGUGGCAAUGUGGGUGAAGUGCAAGAGGGAACUGAGUGGCGGAGCCCUGCUCCCCAACUUCCACCAACAGGUUAUCAAGCUGUACCCUCUGUACCUAGAUGUGGCAAUGACUUUUCUUGCACAUAGUCCCCAUGGGUACUUCUGCUGCAUAUCCUAAGCAUCAGGUGUUUUGAUUUGGAUCUGAAAGUCACGGGCUGAAAACUGCCAUGGAUUCACUAGGUGACCUUCUCCAAUCCACUGCCUCUUUUCCACUCUCUGUAACAAAACAGUAAUGGUGAUAUAUUUCUUGGUUGCUAAAGAGUCAAGAUUUAGGGCUUUUAAAGCUUUAAUCCAGGGUUUCCCAAAUUUGGGUGACUACCUGUUGUUGGACUACAACUCCCAUCAUCCCUAGCUAGCAGGACCAGGAGUCAGGGAUGAUGGGAAUUGUAGUCCAAAAACAGCUGGAAACUCAUGUUUGGGAAACCCUGCUUUAAUCCACAAAUGCAGUAUUUUUUCCAGUGGCAUUCUGGGGAGGGAGCCCUCUGGCUCUUUGAACGCGUGUUGAGUUGCUCAGUAAUAGCAGACAAGCUUCCCAAAGAGAUGGAUUACACUUGAUUAUAGUGGUACCUCGGGUUAAGAACUUAAAUCAUUCUGGAGGUCAGUUCUUAACCUGAAACUGUUCUUAACCUGAGGUACCACUUUAGCUAAUGGGGCCUCCCGCUGCCGCCACCGCCAUGCGAUUUCUGUUCUCAUCCUGAAGCAAAGUUCUUAACCCGAGGUACUAUUUUUGGGUUAGUGAAGUGUGUAACCUGAAGCGUCUGUAAUCCAAGGCACCACUGUACCAGGUCUUCCAUUACCAGGACUAUCUUUCCAUACCAUCUGGAUCUAGAAGAGUGUUUUGGUUUUGCUCUGGGUUAGUUUAGGGAAGCCAACCAUGAGACCCAACUAGCCUAACAAUGUAAGAAAAGAGCUCUGCUGGAUCAGGCCAGUGGCCCAUCUAGUCCAGCAUCCUGUUUUCACAGUGGCCAACCAGGUACCUAUAGGAAGCCUGCAAGCAGGAUGUCAGCACAACACUCCCCCCACCUUGUGAUUCUGAAACUAAUAUUCAGAGACAUAGUGCCUUCUUCAGCGGACGUAGAUCAUAGUUUCCAUGGCUUGUAGCCACUGACCACCUUACCGUCAAUGAAUUUGUCUAAUCCUCUUUUAAAGCCAUCACUACAUUUUGUGGGAGCAGAUUCUAAAGUUUUAACCAUGCACAGUGUGAAGAAAUAUUUAUGCUCCCUGUCCUUAAUCCUGAAACAUUCAUCUUCCUUGGAUGGCCUCAAGGGAGGGAGAACAAUAUUUCCCUACCCACUUUCUUCAUAUCAUGCAUGCACUUAUAUACCUCCAUCCUGCCACACCCCUUUUCUUGCCUUUUCGCUAAAUGUUACAGAAAUUUUGUAAUCUUUCCUCAUAGGGCAGUUGCUCCAACCCCUAGAUCAUUUUUUGGUUGUCCUUUCCUGAACCUUUUCUCAGCUCAAAAGGAGAACUGUUUGAAUUCCACAGGCCAUAUUGCUGAUAAUGUCAAUUCUCUAAGAAAGACGAGGGCUGAUGGGGACAUUUUCUGGCUGUGCAGCCAUUGAAGGCCUAGUGCAUCUUGGACUGAGAGAAGCCUGAUUCAGAGUCCAGAUGGGCCCACUAAAUUUCCUUUCCUACAUGGUUGAUAGUAAAUUUCAGUUUUGAAAACCAGUAAUAAUUCUUGGUUGUCUCCCUUUCCAGGCAGAGGAGCAGAUGCUGGAAUACCCUCCCUGGGCCCUGGGCCUCCUCGUAGGCCUCAUUGUUCUGGCUGCUCUCCCCAUCCCAGUGAUGUUUCUCCGGCAGCUUUUGAUGGAUUGGUUUGCCCAGCGUGGCAGCCGGUCUGGCAUGGUGAUGGCGCCUGUACCCACUGAGGAUGAUGACGAGGUGGCAGAAAGAGAGAGCCCCGCUGAUACUGAGCACCAAGGCAACGGGUACUUGCUUGUCCAGGCAGAAGAUGGGCAAGACUGA